CCUCUCGCGGACCCCGGAAGUGCAACUUGAACUUGUUCGGGGCGCGGAUCCCGAGAGAGAGUCACUCGGACCGCACGAGGGAGUUCGCCGGGGCGCGCUGGAAGGCCACGCCUCCUCCCGCCUCCCCCCGCAGCCCCGCAGCCGCGGGCAGAGCUCAGACUGUCUUCUGAAGAUUGAUGUCUAUUUCCUUGAGCUCUUUAAUUUUGUGCCCAAUUUGGAUAAGCAUGGCACAAAUCCAGCAGGGAGGUCCAGAUGAAAAAGAAAAGACUACAGCACUGAAAGAUUUAUUGUCUAGGAUAGAUUUGGAUGAACUAAUGAAAAAAGAUGAACCACCUCUUGAUUUUCCUGAUACCCUGGAAGGAUUUGAAUAUGCUUUUAAUGAAAAGGGACAGUUAAGACACAUAAAAACUGGGGAACCAUUUGUUUUUAACUACAGAGAAGACUUGCACAGAUGGAAUCAGAAAAGAUACGAAGCUCUAGGAGAGAUCAUCACAAAGUAUGUAUAUGAGCUUCUGGAAAAGGACUGUAAUUUGAAAAAAAUAUCUAUACCAGUAGAUGCCUCUGAGAGUGAACCAAAGAGUUUUAUCUUUAUGAGUGAGGAUGCUUUGACAAAUCCACAGAAACUGAUGGUUUUAAUUCAUGGUAGUGGUGUUGUCAGGGCAGGUCAGUGGGCUAGAAGGCUUAUUAUAAAUGAAGAUCUGGACAGUGGCACACAGAUACCAUUUAUUAAGAGAGCUAUGGAUGAAGGAUAUGGAGUAAUAGUUUUGAAUCCCAAUGAAAACUAUAUUGAAGUAGAAAAGCCGAAGAUACAUGUACAGUCAUCUUCUGAUAGUUCAGAUGAACCAGCAGAAAAACGGGAAAGAAAAGAUAAAGUCUCUAAAGAAACAAAGAAGCGACGUGAUUUCUAUGAGAAGUAUCGUAACCCUCAAAGAGAAAAAGAAAUGAUGCAGUUGUAUAUCAGAGAAAAUGGUUCUCCUGAAGAACAUGCGAUCUAUGUGUGGGACCAUUUCAUAGCCCAGUCGGCAGCUGAGAAUGUAUUUUUUGUUGCUCACAGCUAUGGAGGACUUGCUUUUGUUGAACUAAUGAUUCAACGAGAAGCAGAUGUAAAAAGCAAGGUAACUGCUGUGGCACUGACAGACUCUGUUCACAAUGUGUGGCAUCAAGAAGCUGGCAAAACCAUUCGAGAGUGGAUGAGAGAGAACUGCUGUAAUUGGGUCUCUAGCUCAGAACCAUUAGACACUUCAGUGGAGUCCAUGCUGCCUGACUGCCCUCGAGUCUCUGCAGGCACCGACCGUCACGAGCUCACUUCCUGGAAGAGCUUCCCGUCUAUUUUCAAAUUCUUUGCCGAAGCCUCGGAGGCCAAGAGCAGCUCCCUGAAGCCGGCGCUGGCGCGGCGCUCGCACCGCAUCAAGCACGAAGAGCUGUGAGAGCAGCGCGAGCGCGAGCGCGACGGGGCGGGACGCCGGGACGCACACUCGAGCCUGCACCGCCGGCCCCUCGCCGCUCGUCGCCAGCGAGCAGACGCCCAGCCCCUCAUUAGAUUGUUUUCUUCCCAGAGCACAGGGUCGUGAUAUAUACAUCUAAAUAGCGUUUUGCAUUAUUUCUAGAUGAGUGCAACUGUCAAAGCAAUAUGGGUUCACCGGUCUGCUUCCUGCGGGCCGAGCUCGGCUUCGCGCUGCCCGUCAGCGCGCAGAUGAAGGCUGACAGCGCCUGCCCCGCGCGCCCGCGCCUCUAAUUGCCCCAGCCCGGCCCGCGCGGGGCUGCGGGGUGCGCGGCGUCUGCGCGGUCCUACCACCCGCUGCUGCGCAGCCGCCGCUUCCCUCCCCGCCCCGGCCAGGCCCCCCUUAAUCACGUUUAUUUUUUUUCCCCUUUCCCAGCAGAAGCAAACUUUUAUUCUAGACUUCAAACUUCCCUUUUCAGGAGGUUUUUCACUGAGGGCGUCUUAGGCCUCUUUUUUUAAGGCAGUUACCUCCUCACACCCAGAAAAGCCGAAUUUAAAUUCAGAGCAUGAAUGCCAUGAUGUACUGUAGUUUGGGGAGCGCAAAUGGUUCUCUCCCUAACGAUCUAUUUUCAUUUCCAGACCAGAAGAAAAAGUUUGCAUAAAAAAAUCUAUGAAGUACUGAAUGCACAUUACCGCUGAAAAGCUUUGCCAGUUGAAUAUGACAUUUUUCACACAACGUGGAACAUAAAACAUAACGUGGAACAAAUCUUUAAGUACAUGUGUGAAGGCCCCCUUUUCAAUGGAAUUUCCAACUUUAUCCUUAGAAUUGACUUUACUUUUUAAAAUAUAAUGUAU